UAACAGGUCAGUAGUUCUCCACCGUGUGUUAAAGACACAGUAACAGAUCAGUAGUUCUCCACCGUGUGUUAAAGACACAGUAACAGAUCAGUAGUUCUCCACCGUGUGUUAAAGACACAGUAACAGGUCAGUAGUUCUCCACCGUGUGUUAAAGACACAGUAACAGGUCAGUAGUUCUCCACCGUGUGUUAAAGACACAGUAACAGGUCAGUAGUUCUCCACCGUGUGUUAAAGACACAGUAACAGGUCAGUAGUUCUCCACCGUGUGUUAAAGACACAGUAACAGGUCAGUAGUUCUCUACCGUGUGUUAAAGACACAGUAACAGGUCAGUAGUUCUCCACCGUGUGUUAAAGACACAGUAACAGGUCAGUAGUUCUCCACCGUGUGUUAAAGACACAGUAACAGGUCAGUAGUUCUCCACCGUGUGUUAAAGACACAGUAACAGGUCAGUAGUUCUCCACCGUGUGUUAAAGACACAGUAACAGGUCAGUAGUUCUCCACCGUGUGUUAAAGACACAGUAACAGGUCAGUAGUUCUCCACCGUGUGUUAAAGACACAGUAACAGGUCAGUAGUUCUCCACCGUGUGUUAAAGACACAGUAACAGGUCAGUAGUUCUCCACCGUGUGUUAAAGACACAGUAACAGGUCAGGAUAACAGGAUUUUCUACAGUAUCACCAUGGAGACUGGUCAGUACAACACCGGUCCCAGCUGGGUGUUACAACUAGUUUAUAACAGGAUGUUCUACAGUAUCACCAUGGAGACUGGUCAAUACAACACUGCUCCCAGCUGGGUGUUACAACUAGUUUAUAACAGGAUGUUCUACAGUAUCACCAUGGAGACUGGUCAGUACAACACCGGUCCCAGCUGGGUGUUACAACUAGUUUAUAACAGGAUGUUCUACAGUAUCACCAUGGAGACUGGUCAAUACAACACUGCUCCCAGCUGGGUGUUACAACUAGUUUAUAACAGGAUGUUCUACAGUAUCACCAUGGAGACUGGUCAAUACAACACCGGUCCCAGCUGGGUGUUACAACUAGUUUAUAACAGGAUGUUCUACAGUAUCACCAUGGAGACUGGUCAGUACAACACCGGUCCCAGCUGGGUGUUACAACUAGUUUAUAACAGGAUGUUCUACAGUAUCACCAUGGAGACUGGUCAAUACAACACCGGUCCCAGCUGGGUGUUACAACUAGUUUAUAACAGGAUGUUCUACCGUAUCACCAUGGAGACUGGUCAAUACAACACCGGUCCCAGCUGGGUGUUACAACUAGUUUAUAACAGGAUGUUCUACAGUAUCACCAUGGAGACUGGUCAAUACAACACUGCUCCCAGCUGGGUGUUACAACUAGUUUAUAACAGGAUGUUCUACAGUAUCACCAUGGAGACUGGUCAAUACAACACCGGUCCCAGCUGGGUGUUACAACUAGUUUAUAACAGGAUGUUCUACCGUAUCACCAUGGAGACUGGUCAAUACAACACCGGUCCCAGCUGGGUGUUACAACUAGUUUAUAACAGGAUGUUCUACAGUAUCACCAUGGAGACUGGUCAAUACAACACUGCUCCCAGCUGGGUGUUACAACUAGUUUAUAACAGGAUGUUCUACAGUAUCACCAUGGAGACUGGUCAAUACAACACUGCUCCCAGCUGGGUGUUACAACUAGUUUAUAACAGGAUGUUCUACAGUAUCACCAUGGAGACUGGUCAGUACAACACCGGUCCCAGCUGGGUGUUACAACUAGUUUAUAACAGGAUGUUCUACAGUAUCACCAUGGAGACUGGCCCAGGACUGGGGACCCUCAACGGAGGCCCCCGGACUGGGGACCAUUGCUGCAGGUUCCGGACUGACCCGUGGAGCAGGCACAGGACUCACCAGACUGGGAAGACCUACUGGAGGCAGGUGGCCAUGUCUGACGGGGGCCAUUCUGGCGUCCCCACGGGCCACAGUAGCCUGCCAGCACGGGGAAGAUUGAUGAAACUGUGGCAGCGUGAGGGUCCCUGGGGUCUGCAGGGGACGAUCUCAGGGUGUCCUCCCAUCUCAGAUGUCCUCCCAUCUCAGGUGUCCUCCCAUCUCAGGUGUCCUCCCAUCUCAGAUGUCCUCCCAUCUCAGGUGUCCUCCCAUCUCAGGUGUCCUCCCAUCUCAGAUGUCCUCCCAUCUCAGGUGUCCUCCCAUCUCAGGUGUCCUCCCAUCUCAGAUGUCCUCCUAUCUCAGGUGUCCUCCCAUCUCAG